GCUGAUCUUGUUGGAUUAAAAAUAUUGGCUAAAGCAGGUUAUGAUCCAAAGAUUGCUGUUGAGGUUUGGGAAAUGAUGGCAGCAUUAGAGGAAGAGAUUAAAGAGAUCGAAAACGAGGAAACUAAAGAUGGGACCGCAAAGAUUGAGUCAAGCGCUGUAAUUGCUGCUAGAAAAUCCGUGGCCACGGGAGAAGAAGAGGAAAAUCAAAAAGGUGUUGAAUUAGGUGCAUUUUUAGACUCACUGGUCAAUUCUUGGUUUGGUUCUACUCAUCCACCCAGUCUGGAGCGAAUAGAAUAUAUGCGUGAAAAUAUGGACGAAGCUAUUCUCUUGUAUAAUGAAGCUAUCAAAUUGAAUGGUUCUCCCAAA